UCUCAGAAAGAAGACCAUAUUACUAGACCAUAUUAAGAUCUGAAUUGAUAAGUAAUAAGCGAAUAGCCUUCGCUGGCAAAGGACUUGUGGUUGCAGGUAGAUUUGUGACCUGUCAAGGCGGAAACUAUUGUGUGACAAAGGGUUGAUUUGCAUCGAGACAAGACCUUGAAUUGCAAAGUGUUUCCUCGAGCCCGAGUGAGCAGUUGAGGUUGUAGCGCCUUAUUCGAGGAAGAAUUUGACAUAUUGUACCGACGCUUUUCACCGAAGAUGGCAGACAAGAUUAAAUUUUACUUCUCUUCUGUCUCUAGUAAUUUAGAGAUGAAGAAACAACAACAAAAGAUUGAGAUGAUCCUGGACAGCAAGAAAAUUGAUUAUGAGAAAAUAGAUAUCAGCAGCUCUGAGAAAUUAAAGAAUGAAAUGAGAGACAUCAUGGGUGAUCCAAAAGGUCUGCCUCCACAAUUGGCAAAAGGUCAUCAAUACCUUGGGGGUUUUGGUGAGUUUGAUGCUGCAGUGGAAAAUGAGCAACUCAUGGAAUUUUUGAAACUAAAGUAAAGCUUAUUGAACAGUCAGUUGUGUAGCUCAAUGUCACAGAUUAAGUUAAUGUGAAAUUUCUGGCCAAAGAAAAAUUCAUCCUUUUAAGUAACAAAAAUUGGAAUAAUAAAACCAAUGUUUAAAUGUGA